ACUUACCUCAACUGUUAUAUUAACUCCACUAACUUACUAACGCUCACUAACCUACAGCGGCGCGCAAGGGCAGCACCGAGGCAGUCCUAGCACAACAGUUGCAGGAGGGACAGAUUUUGAGCCCGUCCGGCAGCGCUGUCUUCAAUGGUGACAGCAGCGAGAGACGUGACAGUAGAACCGACAGGAAAGGGCAUCAUGAAUUACUCAGCAAAGCAGACGAUUUCGACAGGGAAUUUGCUGUUGAAUCGAAAAAAUCUGCAAUAACCUUGCCAGGUGCAAAACAGGUGAUGCCCGACGCAAACCCGAUGAUAUCACGGUUCAACAAGCAUCCUGUCUCGGAAAGCAUAAUCCAGGGUCAAAACUCUAUCUCGUAUCCAAAAAUCGCCCAGCAAAGGCACGUUAGGACUCUUGGUUUCAUGAGAGGAGAAAGUAUCACAAAUGACGGUGAUGGAGCUGGAGGAGAUUCACUGGCCGAGUACUGCAGACAAAGUCGUCAACAGUACAGCAAGCAGAACGAAGACGCACAAUGGGCAGACCUGGAAUCGACCAAAGGUAUCCUCCAGUCCUUAAUGGCGGAACAAAACGACAACAAACAACAGCCCAGUCGUGACGAGUUUAAUGAAAUUAAUAUUUUAGACCAUUCUUCUCCGGUGCAAGCAAUGAAUGAAAGCAGGUUGAAAGAAAUUGAUGACCGUCGUGUUAAUGGACUGACAAAGGAAGACUCUGCAGAAAUUUUGAGAUCAAAACUUAACGAUCUAAAUUCUCCAGGGACGAACCCAGAAGAAGAGUCGUUGCCGGACGAACACAGGAUCGUAUCGCAGCUGUUGGAGUUCUCUGAGCAAGUGGACAGUGGCCAAAGCACGAAUCAAAACGUAGCGUUUGAGACUUUGCUGGAUUCGCUUCUGGCCUUGCCUUCUGUCUCUGCUGACGAAGCUCUUCUUGAUGACACAUUCUCAGGCAGGCCAAGUGAUGAGAUUGUGACUCAACAACCCAAGUCUGGUGGCAUGGGAUUGCACGAUGACCAGAAACGUACUUCUGACUCGACCAAAAAGUUCAUCAAUCAGGAAACAAACAUGACGGCCGAAGUUAAAGCAAGACAAAGGGUGAUUGAAAUGACUUCUAGGCUAUCGGAAGAAGUAUCAAGGAUGCUGGCAGACGAUACAAAUACUUCGAAGUCAGCAGUCACAAUCGACCACCCCAAACACAACACAGAUGCCUCUCUUUGUACCACUUCAAAUGAAAAUGAGGAGUCUUUAAAUAGUGCAACUUUUAUGACUACUUCAACCAGUAAACCUUCUUCGGCAAUACUCGAAACCGAGACAAGGAAAUUGGAAGCUGUUCAAGAGUCAGCCAAACAAGCGAGUCCUAACCUGAGUUCGUCUUCUCGUUCCUCUUCCGGUGAAGCACAAGAGCUCCCAGGCACGGACCUCAUGGCGGAACUCAAGUGUGCUCUCAGGAGGCGUUCUGACUGUAGCAGUCCUGUUAAAAAAAAUUCUGCUCCACCAAAGCCCGCGAGAAAGACCCAGCAAUCCGUAAUUCACCCUGAAAUGCAGCGGCCAAUGAGCCCCGCAGAUUCUCAGCCAGGCGAAGAAUCCCCAACCCGACGCUACCACAAUGAAUGGGAACAAAUAAGCAGCAGAAUACAACCGCCAAAUGAAACAUUAGUAAAGAGUGCCGUUGUUGUGGAACAGAAACCCCAAUCACGGAAGUCGAGCAUAAAUAAAGAAGUAGUGGCAAGACCCCAGCACGAGCUUUCUUUCGCCAAAUUUGAUACUGAAAAUUCUGUGGGUGAUACGUCCUCAUUCAAGGAUUUUGACGCGAUGAGGGAAGAAAGUAUUCCAGGAACUUCCGCAUCGCAAUCAAACGAAUCCCUGCAGAAUUUGGACACUGGGGUGCAAAAAGGCUACCGCCUGCGUUACAAUUAUGAUCCUAAGACGGCUCGGGCAAGACCGAGGCCUCGGCAGAGUCUGGAGCAGCUUCAGCAACAGUCCCUGCAGCAGCAGCAGGAAAAGCUCCUGCACAGGCAACAAAAAUAUAAGCAACAACAAAGUUCCCAGCUCGAGAACAGCGCACAAGAACCUCAGCAGAUGCAGUUUACCGACACAAGUGCUGUGUCGGGCACACAAGUUUCAGCACAGAGGGAAACGAUACAAGAUGAGCAAAUGACUCACCAACAACGACGGCAAAAUAACACAACCGGAGAAGCAGGGAAAUUAGAAAAACGUGUCUCUGAUGGAGAAACGACGGAGAUGGAGAAACAGCAGAUGGACACGCAACGACAAGACACCAAACAGCAGCCCAGAAAUUCCGCGGACACUAGCAAAACCGGAGUAACAAGAGGACGUCUCAGCAGACCGUCAUCGCCGCCCCCUCCUCCUCCCAACGCAAGAGUGGCCACUUCUUCCAGCUCGGAAUCAACACCAAGAUCAAUUGGUAGUUCGACCACCUCAACACAACAAUUAGAUGAUAAAUAUGUUGCCCAAGUUCCUUGUAAUCGCGGGGACGUCAUUUCUGCUCCAGUUUCAUUACAAAAAGCCCCUACCCCUGUCUCGAAAAGAAGGGUCAUGGCAGUAUCUCCGCCUCCGCCUCCUCCCCCGAGAGUGCGGUCCACUUCACCUGCUGUUGCAGCACAGCAAUCAUCAACGGUUGAACCCACCGGGAAGCGGGUGGGAGAUCCUCCAGAGAAACCUCAAUUAGGAUCAGAGGGUAACAUAGACAAUACAAUCCUGCAACCUCCUCGCCAAACUCCAGCACAAGAUAUUGGUACACAAGAAGAAUUGAACACUAAUAUAGGCCCUCAGAGUUCUGACGAAGAGAGCCGAAAAAUGGAAACCAGCGAUUCUGAGAUAGACGAUGUGAAGGUAGCACGUCAAAAAUUAAAGCAGCAACUAGAACAGCAACUGCAACUACGCAUCCUGCAGCACCAAGGUGAACAGCAAAUUCAGCAGCAGAGUAUUGACGGAAUGGACACCCAAAGUCAGCAAAGUAGGAAAACGAAACUAGAGAAGAGUCACAGUGAACAGUUGAGAGACGAACUACAGCAGCGUCUGUUACUACGCCAGCAACAGAUGCAACAACGAAGCACAAAGACCCAGCAACGCAAACAGGGGCAGAGGCAAAGCCGAGAUACGACAGUAGCGUCGCAGGCUCGAGCAGGAGGACCGCCUCCCGUACCUCCUCAACGAAAAUCCUCCCUCACUCGUUCAUCUUCACCACUUAUAGCUUCCCCAUGUAGGAGUGGAGCAACGUCUCCCCAAUUAAUCCCGGUCCGCGGCGUCAGUAGAUCUUCUUCCCCUCCUAGUCCGCCAACAGCCGAUGGGAGAACAUCUCCAUCUCCUCCUCCCGCUCUCACCUCGGGGUCUUUGUCCUCUUCUUUGAUUUCAUCGCCGGUGUCAUCACUCUCUCCAACUUCGCCCCCGACGACUCUCUAUAGACAUCCAUACCAGGAGGACCCAAAGCAAAUAAUUAUUUCCUCGCUACAGAAAAUACCUCCUCCUCCCCUAUCGCAGAGAAGCUCUUAUAGCGAAGACCAGGUCCGGGGCACACCUGGAAUACCAGACGACCAUUCUCAAAGCGAUUGCUUAGAAACGUCUACCACGACCAGGGUAACAACAGCGCUUAGAACUAACGCACCUGACGUCGGUUAUGAUAGCAGCAAUAGUAAACGGUCAACCUAUUCUGUAAGCGUUAUUAGAUCCCCCCAAACAAAUGAAAUGGGGAAAAUCAACAAUCCUCCUGCCCGCGAAGAUGACGACAUGUCCAUCAGUUGGCCAAUACAAAUGGUACCCAAAGAUUCUUUCUCUCCGGCUUCUCAAAUGGGUGAGUUUGUCAGAAUAUCGACGCAGAAAGAAAAUCACGUCAGUAAAACAAAUAUUCCAAAAGAGCAAGACGCAAAGAGAUCACGGACAGAUUCUCCAUCCGACACUCAGCAACAUAGCAGUUUUCUGACAGGGAGCAACAAUCUCGGAAAUUCUUCUCCACGUUUCCGUAGCUUCAGUCCUGUGAGUUUCAGCGUGGCUCCAGAACCGCCUAACAAGCAGCAAGCAUACAUAACAAACCCAAUAAAUCAGUUAAACUCUUUAGACAUUUUUAAAAACACGCCCGGCACAGCGCAGCGAAUCUAUGGUUCACAUCAAGAUGUGAGUAAUUCUGGUGAAUACGCUUCAGUCAGUAACCGUUACAACACCAUGAGAGAAAGUCGUCACUCCAAAAAUGGAGGGAAACGAGGAUCAGUGCAUAUGGAAGACGAAGAGGAAAACCAUAGAUCAUCUUUCGGCUCUUUUCCUCCAGUGACAAACGACUUGAAAAGAAGCUAUAUCUCGUUGGAAACCAACGAAGGUAGCGAAUCUUUCCGGGACUUCAACAUCAAAGACGAAGAUUGUGGCGAUAAACUGACGGGCGUCGCGACCACGCCGGAUUCCUGCUCUGAUAAUGGCAAUGACAACGCGGCCAGUGACACGACUGACCAGACAAGUGACAGCAUUCAGAUGGACGUGUGUGAGUCGGUUGAUUCUGGAAACGCUGCAUUAGGGGUUGUUAAGUGUCGCAAUCCAACCUGCAAUAAACUCAGUGACACCGAAGAGCUGCGUAUUCUGUUCAAAAGUUGUCACAAUUGUGGAUCUUCUUACUGCUCGCGUGUGUGCAGGAGAUCGCACUGGGAGAAGCAUAAGAAAAUUUGCCAGAAAAUAAGGGCAAAUAAUGCUGCACGUGAAAUAGUGUCCAUGGUAAGAGACAAAGAAGUGUCACUCGAUGCUGCUAGUGCCGUGGGACGUCGGGGUGCUCUAGGCCUCGGAAGAGGCGUAGUCAAAAUGUUUUUCCCUGACAUACCCUCGGCAGAGUCUUUUGUUGAAGGCAACUACACGCCAAGUAUGCACUACCACACUGCCAGCAACCUUAUGCCUAACGAGAUGAGCCCGGAUGUCUACCGUAGCCUAAUGGAGAUGUGUAGAAAUUACAAUAUCGAAAGCAAGUUCAUUCUUUACGUCAGCAUAUGUAUCAACAAUGAGAUCACUAGUGGACCAUCUAAGUGUAAAAGAGAGAACGUCUCUCGUGCGGCUAAGAUAAAACUUUACGAACCCCCAAAGGUUUGCGAGAAGCAGAUUGCGUUCCGACCGGCAGAUAAACCGGUCAGUUCUACCUUCAAGGGCUCUGAGAAUGAACCAAAGGAAUCGAAGGGGUUAAGAUUCCUAACAUUCGCACCUGAUACUCGAGAAGGAGGUGGCCACAUUGAGCGGCAGAAGACUCCUACUGCUCCUUUUAGGACCCCACUUGGCGAUACUGAAGAUGAUGAGACAGGUAGCACCUCUGCAUCAGAUGACUUGGAGACCUUGAUACUGACUCCAGCGCAGCCCAUGAACGUGUCUGCUAGAGAGAAUCGUUCCAUGGCCUUCCACAACAUCGUGCGCCACCUCCGGACACGAGGUGUCCUCCUCAGGACACAGUAUCCUGACCUCUACCAUCAACUUGACGUCUACGCCGACUCUGGGGAGACGUUCGCCCCAAUGACCAUAAGACCUAAAGAUGCAGUGACAGGAAGGCCCUUCGUGUGCGUGAUUAUGCCUCAGCCCGACCCUCAGUACGUCAGGAAGUUGAUGGCGACGAGCAGCAACGUGAGAAAAAUCGAUGUGAUGAAAGCGCCUUCCUCCGAUGUACCCUGAACCUUCCUAUGCCUAACUAAAGGGGAGGCCCAUUUCACCGUAAAGGAUGGAACAAUUCCCAAAAGUCGAAUGACUUCUUCCAUAAUCAUUUAUAUAACAUUAAUGUUGUUUAUAGAUCGACUCAAUUACGUGUCUCUGAAACGAUGGUCAUGGUAUACCAGUACUAUUAAUGAUCACUUCCUGACGUCACUGUCAAUUCCCGAGGGCUACUUAUGUCCCAUUUUUGAGUAUUAGACAUAUACCUGCUAACGUGAGCAUAAAAUUUAAUAUUUCAAAGCCUUUGGAAAUUGUAGAUGUAUAGCCGAAAAUGGAUCCAAGUAUUAGUAAUAUUUAAGUUAGUUUAGUCAUCUUAGGAUUAAUUUUGAUGAUUACUUCUGUCUCUGGGGCCGAAUUAUAUAAACAUCAAACCCCUUUUGAUCUACGAUAGUCAUAAAUCUUUUUUUAACGCAUGCCGCUGGUAGCUUUAGUUCAAACUUGAGUGGAAAUUAAUUGUGUAUUUCCAACUGCACUAUCAUUUUGCGUACCUGACGCCAGAGUAGACUUUGAAGAAGAAGUUAACAAGUGUAACCCCAAGUUUUGGCUGGGUCCACGCCAUACUGCCGAGCACGCGCCAGGCAUAUGCCAGUGCAAUAUUUUUUAAUGCAUUUCAUAGAAGCAUUCAUACCAUCCAUGCAAGGCAUAUGCCAUGCCCAUGGUGUGAAGGCUUCUAUUGAAAUGCAGUAAAGAAUAUUGGACAGGACCGUGACUGGCAGUAUGGUGUGAACCCGACCUCAUUCAUAUAUUCGUGCAACGUUACAGCGUAGUUUGAUUCUCGCUAUAGCGAGCCUUCAGGAACUGUUAUGUGUGAAACUGUUAUCAUUCUUAGAAGAAAUUAAUCUAGUUCUGUUGUUAUACCUGUUGCUGUCUAUCAAUUGUUGUUUAAAUCUUACCUGGUGGCGGUAAAUUGAACUCCGUGUGAACUGUGAUGUAAUUACCUUGAUGUAUAACACCCUAGUUACAUAGAAGAUCUUAACAUUUCCCUAGACUUAGUUAUGCAACAAAACAAGAACAGAUCAUUCCUAUAAGCUUAGAAGAGUAAAUUUUCAAGUUCCAGACAUUCCCAUAGGUCUAAUCACUGGCACCAGAGAAACCUUACUAUCCCAUAUGGUUUAAAAAAUAUAAGAAUUAAAUAUGAACUCAUUCCAUUAGCCCUAAUAAUGCAAACCAACUUGAUCCCAGAACCAGUUCCUUCAAAGUGAUUAAAUUAGGCUUAGUCACGAGGGGAAACUUAGCCCCUAACCAUAUUUGAAAACCCAGUUAUACUAACGGUGCAUAUGUACAUAAUUUUGAAUAAAUCUUACACCAAAGUUCAAUCAAAACAUUUAUGGGCCCAUCCUCACGAUUAUAGGCCUAAUAAAUGCAUAUUACGAGCCUUAUGCCGUAUUAUAAAAAUUAGUUACCAGUACGUAACUCCAACAGCCAAUCACUUUCCAAACUAAGCCAAUCAAUAACAGGCGAGAAAUCGGCCUCUUCGUAAGUGCUUAAGGCGCUACGCAAGUACUAUGGCCGCUACGUGUUUAAAAAUUUUUUUUUAACUUUUUAAAUUGGGUCAUGGGCAUUAGAUAUGGUUUUAAAUAUGGUCUAAUUCCAAACUUUCUACAGUUCUUGUCAAGGUACGAGAUUUUCCAACUCAACAUACAUGUAUGGAUGAUAUAACUUCAUCGUGCUGAUAUAUGGUGGUUAUCUAGUGACAUCGCUUCUAAAUUAAUCAGUGGUAGAGUGUUCGCUUUGCAUGCGAAAAACCCCGGGUUCGAUACCCGGCACCUCCAGUUCUUUUGUUAUAGAAAUCAUGAUUCGAGUCAAGCGGGCCAUUUAACUGCAUCGACUUUAUUACCAUGUAGUAAACAGCAAUAAUGAAAUUCUUAUGCAUUGCUUUCAGUUCGAUUAGAAGCGAGCUUACAUAUUAUAUUAUGGGCAUGUAAGGUCGCUCAUCUUCACUUAGAACAAUGAGUGAGACGAUGUACAUUUUUUGGAUUUGUGUUGCAGAGCAAAACUGAGUUAGGAUGACCCACAUGUGGGUUAAAAGUGCAAUAAAGUUACUACUCAAACAUCCGUUCGUUUUAAAAAAAGGUACAAAAGAACGGAAACGAAAGAUCUUUUAUAAGAUCUUCUACAGUUGU